AUGGCUGAGCUUCAAGGUCGCAAGGUCUUCAAGGUCUUCAACCAAGACUUCAUCGUCAAUGAAAACUACACGGUUACCAAGGAGCUGGGCCAAGGUGCCUACGGCAUCGUCUGCGCCGCAACCAACUCCCAGACUGGCGAAGGCGUCGCCAUCAAGAAGGUCACCAACGUCUUCAGCAAGAAGAUCCUCGCCAAGCGCGCCCUGAGAGAGAUCAAGCUGCUCCAGCAUUUCCGGGGCCACCGCAAUAUUACAUGCCUGUACGAUAUGGACAUUCCCCGACCCGAUAACUUCAAUGAAACAUAUCUCUAUGAGGAACUGAUGGAAUGUGACUUGGCUGCCAUCAUCCGCUCCGGACAGCCUUUGACCGAUGCGCAUUUCCAGUCCUUCAUCUACCAAAUCCUUUGUGGUCUCAAGUACAUUCAUUCCGCCAACGUUUUGCACCGUGAUCUGAAGCCAGGAAACUUGCUCGUCAACGCCGAUUGCGAGCUCAAGAUUUGUGACUUCGGCCUGGCCCGUGGCUUUUCCAUUGACCCGGAGGAGAAUGCCGGUUAUAUGACCGAGUAUGUCGCGACAAGAUGGUACCGUGCUCCGGAGAUCAUGUUGAGUUUCCAGAGCUAUACCAAGGCCAUUGACGUUUGGUCCGUCGGUUGUAUUUUGGCCGAGCUGCUGGGCAGCCGUCCCUUCUUUAAGGGUCGUGACUAUGUCGACCAGCUGAACCAGAUCCUGCACUAUCUGGGUACCCCCAACGAAGAAACCCUCUCCCGCAUUGGAUCCCCUCGCGCCCAGGAAUAUGUGCGCAACCUUCCCUUCAUGCCUAAGGUCCCCUUCAACCGUCUUUUCCCCAACGCCAACCCCGAUGCUCUGGACCUGCUGGACCGCAUGCUGGCCUUUGACCCCUCGUCUCGUAUCUCUGUUGAGGAGGCACUCGAGCACCCCUACCUGCACAUCUGGCACGAUGCCUCGGACGAGCCUAGCUGCCCGUCCACCUUUGACUUCCACUUCGAGGUUGUCGAUGACGUCCCGGAGAUGCGCAACAUGAUCCUCGAGGAGGUCAGCCGCUUCCGUGCAACGGUCCGUCAACAUUCCCAGGCUCAUGCGGCCCAGCAACAGCAGAUGACCCAGCAAACCAAUGUCCCAAUCCCCGACAACCAGCAAGGUGGCUGGAAGACCGAGGAGCCCAAGCCUCAGGAGGCGGCCGCUGGCGGCGGGCAAUUGAAUGACCUGGAGUCCUCGCUACAGCGCGGCAUGGAUGUUCACCACCGUUGA